UCCCGGCGGGGCCGUGGGAAGCGGGGCGGGGGAUCCCCGGGGGAAGGGGGGGGGCACGCAGCGUGGGCAGCACCACGAGGUGAGGAGGGGCUGCAGUGCGCAUGCGCUAUGGCGAUAGGGUGCCCCUCGGCUCCUUUCGGCACCUCUCGUUCCCACUCGGCUCCCUUCGGCCACCCCUCGGCUUUCUUCCUUCCCACUCGGCUCCCUUCGGCUACCCCUCGACUCCGCCCGUUCCCAUUCGGCCGAUCUCGGUUCCUCUCGUUCCGACUCGGCUCCCUUCAGCUGCCCCUCGGCUCCUUUCGAUUCUCCUCGGCUCCCUUCGGCUACCCCUCGACUACUUUCGGUUCCCCUCGGCUCCUUUCGAUUCUCCUCGGUUCCCUUCGGCUCCUUUCGAUUCUCCUCGGUUCCCUUCGGCUACCCCUCGACUCCUUUCGUUUCCCUUCGACUCCCUUUGGUUCCCCUCGGCUCCUUUCGAUUCUCCUCGACUCCUUUCGUUCCCACUCAGCUCCCUUCGGCUCCCCCUCGACUCCGCCCGUUCCCAUUCGGCCGAUCUCGGCUCCUCUCGUUCCCACUCGGCUCCCUUCGGCUCUCCAUGCCCCGCUGAUGGCGGCGGGCCGCCGCUCACCGCCGGGGCCGUGCUGCCCGCCGCGGGUGGCGGUGCCCAGCGUGCACCAGAGCCUGCCCGAGAUGGACUUCGAGCGGGGGAUCUGGGCAGCGGCGCGGGACGGAGACGAGGCUCGGGUGCUGCAACUGCUGGAACGGCGCGGGGAGCCCAGCCAGCCCGACCUGGCGGGGUACACCGCCCUGCACUACGCCAGCCGCAACGGGCACCUGGGGGUGUGCCGCCUGCUGCUGCAGCGCGGUGCUCAUUGCAACGCCCGCACGCCCGGCGGUGCCACCGCCCUGCACCGCGCCUGCUACUGCGGGCACGUGGCCGUGGCGCGGCUCCUGCUGGCACACGGCGCUGACCCCGCCGCCGCCGACGGGGACGGCCGCACCAGCCUGCAUAAGGCGGCGGAGCGCGGUCACCGGGAGCUCUGCGUCCUCCUGCUGCAGAACAGCCCUGCCUUGCUGGCUGCUCGUGAUGCUAAAGGACGGCGGCCCCGCGACACGGCCGACCCCGCGGUGUGGGAUCUGCUGGAGGGAUGAAAGGAGGCAGCGAGGACACCGCGGAUGGAAGCAGAGGGAAACGGCCCCGCUGGGAAGAAAAAAAAAAAAAAGCAAAGCUCUGGGCCUGAA